AUGUCUCACGUUGGACCUUCAUAUGGAUCAUUGGCUGCUAAUCAAGCAAAGAUCGCAGCAAAACGUGAUCCUAACCUUGAUCGAGAAGCACAAGAAUGGAUAGAAGCUGUAAUCGGAGAAAAUUUUCCGAGUGGUUCCUAUGAAGAUGCACUCAAGGAUGGUGUCAUCUUAUGCAAAUUAAUAAACAAACUUCAACCAGGUGCUAUCCCAAAAUAUGCGACAUCAGGUGGAGCAUUUAAAUUACGCGAAAAUAUAUCAGUUUUUCAAAACGCUGCUCGUAAAUAUGGUCUAGGUGAUGCUGAACUCUUUCAAACUAUUGAUCUUUUUGAAAAACAUAAUAUUCCUCAAGUAACUCAGUGUAUAUUUGCACUUGGUCGAACUGCACAGAAAAAGAAAUUUAAUGGACCAACAUUAGGUCCAAAAAUGUCUGACAGUAAUGUACGCGAAUUUACUGAAGAUCAAUUACGUGCUGGACAAAGUUCACUCGGCUUACUCAAUGAAGGCAUGAGUAAAGGUGCGAAUCAAUCUGGCCAAAAUUUUGGUCUUUCACGUCAUAUAUAA